AUGGACGUGUCUGUUCAAAAGGCGCUGGCCGACAAGCUGUACGACCGUCGUAAAGGCGGAGCUCUGGAGCUUGAGGCCAUCAUCCGCGACUCUCUGGCUAACAACGACCACGUCCGCAUCGAGAAGAUUGUCCACCAGCUCUGCCACGACUACGCAUACGCCGUCCACCAACCCCACGCCCGCAACGGAGGUCUCAUCGGCCUUGCUGCUGCUGCCAUCGCUCUCGGUAUCGAUGUUGCUCGCUAUCUCCGUGAUAUAGUUCCUCCGGUUCUCGCCUGCUUCUCCGACCAAGACGCCAGAGUCCGCUACUAUGCCUGUGAGAGCAUGUACAACAUUGCCAAAGUCGCAAAGGGCGAAAUCCUCAUCUACUUCAACGACGUCUUUGAUGCUCUGUGCAAGUUGGCUGCCGAUACUGAGCUCUCAGUCAAGAAUGGCGCCGAACUGCUCGAUCGUCUGAUCAAGGACAUUGUUGCCGAAUCUGCCGCUUCUUACGUCUCCAUCCUCGACAACGAGGUCGAUCCAAACAAUGAAGAUCCCUUCGCAGAACAACCUACCGCCUUCUCGCUCGCCCGAUUCAUUCCUCUACUGCGCGAACGCAUCUUUGUCAUCAACCCCUUCACUCGUACCUUCCUCGUCAGUUGGAUCACACUACUAGACUCAAUACCCGACCUCGAAUUGGUCGUCUUCCUUCCAGACUUCCUCGGUGGCCUCUUGCGCUUCCUUUCCGACCCCAACACAGACGUCCAUACCACAACCAAGGUCUGCCUCGACCGCUUUCUGGCUGAGAUCAAGAAGAUUUCGGCCAUCAAGAAGGGUAUCGCCGAGAGCAAGAGGAGUAUUGUCGCCGAGAGCCAUCGCAAGCCCUCAAUAUCCAGUAGAGAUGAACUGGAAGUUGGUGACCAAGAUCCGGAAGCCCAGCAUGAUGUCGAGGCAAAUCACAACGAAGACAAGGCCAGCUCUGAUUCGGCCUCUUUUGUCAGCUCCAACAUGGACGAAAAGAAUGACAAUGAUGCUGGCGAUGAGUGGAUACCUGGUCAAGAUGUCCAGAUUGAAUAUGCAAAGAUCCUUGACAUCUUGAUUACAUUCUUGAACGACUCGGCCGAAGAGGAAAUCCAGAUGACAACCCUUCGCUGGAUCGAAGGCUUCUUUGAUAUCUGCCCGGAAGACAUGCUCGCUUUUGUGCCUCGUCUUCUUUCCCAAGUCUUGCCGGCGCUGUCGCAUCAUGUUGAUCAAGUUCGCCAGGCUGCCAACAGAGUCAACACUGCUCUCAUGGCUCACAUCAUGUCGCUGCCUGAAGAUGACACGCUGGCAGAUUCUGCUGAUCAACCCACCACAUCCACUUCUCCAACCCUACAACCCUCGAACCCCGUCUUGACAGAGCUUGACUAUGAAGCUGCUGUGAACUCCUUGACGUUACAGUUCCUCAAUGAGCACGAACAGACUCGUGUGGCUGCAUUGGCAUGGCUGAUCAUGCUACAUCGCAAGUCGCCGCGUAAGACUUUGGCAAUUCACGAUGGAACAUUCCCUGCUCUUCUCAAAACACUGUCAGAUCCGGCAGAUGCUGUUGUCACUCGCGAUCUCACCCUACUCUCACAGAUAUCCAAGAACAGUGAUGAUUCGUACUUUACAUCCUUCAUGGUUAAUCUCCUGAAGCUCUUCUGCACGGAUAGAAAACUGCUUGAGAUCAGAGGAAAUCUUAUCAUCCGCCAACUUUGCUUGAAUUUGAGCGCUGAGCGCAUCUAUCGCACUCUGGCAGAUUGUCUCGAGAAGGAUGAUGACGUCGAGUUUGCGAGCAUCAUGGUGCAGAACCUGAAUAACAAUCUCAUCACUGCGCCUGAACUGGCUGAUCUCCGGAAACGCCUGAGAAACCUUGAGAACAGAGAUGGCCAGACAUUCUUCGUGACUCUGUUCAGAGCAUGGUGUCACAACGCUGUGGCGACAUUCUCCUUGUGUCUGCUUGCCCAAGCGUACGAACAAGCUUACAAUCUUCUGCAGAUUAUCGCAGAGCUCGAGAUGACUGUCAACAUGUUGAUUCAGAUCGACAAGUUGGUGCAGUUACUCGAAUCCCCUGUCUUCACCUACCUUCGUCUUCAGCUUUUGGAGCCAGAACGCUUCCCUCACCUUUACAAGUGUCUUUAUGGCCUAUUGAUGCUUCUACCGCAGUCUUCGGCAUUUGCAGCGCUUAAGAAUCGCCUGAAUAGUGUCAGUGCGAUCGGCUAUUUGCAUAUCGCGCCGAGGACUGCACCCAUCACACCCUCAGCUUCAACUUUCGACAGACCGAAUCGCCUCAAGUCUCGGGAAGAUCCGGGUGUUAAAUGGUCAGACCUGCUGGAGAAGUUCAAAUCAGUACAAGAGAAGGCUCGCCGAGCACAACAGCGACCUCAACGCUUGACUACGCUGCCAAAUGGACUUACUCUGCCUGACAUGGACGACGAACUAGAAUCACCAACCCUCAACAAGGAAGCCUCUGCACCAGCAAAAGAAAAAGCCACUGGUAGAUUGAGCGGCUUGGGCAGACCCGGGAGUGCGGCUAGUAUGACCCGACCUUCUGCGACGCCGACACAAGGACAAGGGCAUCAGAAGAGUAGGAGUAGCCUAAGCCAGCUGGGCAGAUUUACUAGGAGUACUGCCGCCAAGGCCACAGGUGGGACAUUGAAAAAGUAA